AUGGCUACACUUCCCACGCCAACUCACUCCCGCUCAGGCUCGGAGGCGUCUCUAUCCGCAAAAUACUCGGGAAACAAGCCAUCACCAUCGACCAGUGGUCAUGGCACCCGCCGCAAGUCGGUCAAGCAUAGGCCAGAACCCGAUAAACAAGAACCACCUGAAGGUCUCAGCCCACGAUCGGGCUCUCCAGUCGUCCGGCAGCCUCUCAAGGUACCACAGGCCCGUCGUCACAGCUCAGUCGCUUACAACAUCAAGGAAGCAGCUCGCGAUGUACGCGAAAGCAUCCUCUUCCCUGAGUCGGACAUUGCGCCGCCGAGCGCGGUCGACGAGCCGAUGACGUGGAAGACUUGGGUGCCCCUCAUGUUCAUCGUACUGCCGCCCACGGCUGGGCUGUUGUUCUCUGAUGCGGGGAGUGCCUGGGUGACAGAUAUACUGCUGCUGUCUGUGACGGCUGUUUUUCUGCACUGGGCUAUCACGUCGCCAUGGAAAUGGUACAUCUCCUCGCACAGCAUCCGUGAGGAGCAAGAAGCCAUCUACGAAGCGGCCUUCUGCUCCUCCCAAGUCCACACCCACCAAGCCCGCGAAUCCCCCUCCGACGACGCCGCCUCUCUCGCUGCCGAGCGCAAAGAACAAGCCCGUAUUGCCGCGGAAGCGCUCAAGCGACUCCGCUCGUAUGAACUCACCGCCCUAGCCUUGUGUUUCCUCUCCCCCCUGAUCUGCGCCGCCGGCCUCUCCUUCAUUGUCUCCCUCCUCAGCACCUUCCACAACCAAACCUUUAAGAUCAUCACCCGCGACAACCUGAUCCUCUUCGUGCUCGCCUCCGAGGUCAAGCCCGUCGCGCACAGCAUCCGCCUCGUCUUUGCGCACACGGCCCACCUCCAGCGCGUCGCACACUCCAACCCGCUGCGGACCGUCAAGCUGACCGAGGCCCGCUUCAACGAGAUGUGCACGGAGAUGGAGAGGCUCAGGCAGCGCGUGCGCGAGCGGGAUGAUGCGCUCGCCACGGUUGAGCAGAGGCUGGAGGCAAAGGUGCGUGCGCAGGUGGCUAGCUCGAUACAAGGUGAGAUUGAGGGGCUCAGGAAAGCGCAGAGGCAGUGCGAAGUGGAGGCUAGGAAGCAGGUUGAGGAGAUGAGAAGGCGGUUGAGGAUUGAGGAAGGGGGUGGGGAGGGGCAGGGGUGGAAGGAUCCGGGGUCGAUGGCGGCGCUGACGCCGCUGGCAGUUGUGCUGUGGCCCGUGAAUUGGUGGAUGAGGGCUGCGGGAUUGCCUGUGCGCUUGUCGUUAAGGGCUGCGGAGGCUGCGUGGCAUCGGGUUGCGCAGAGUUAG